AGUCAUCAAGAUGGCUUCAAUCAAUCAUCCAAACUCAAUGAAUUAUGAAUUGCUGUCUUUGGCUGAGGAGCAGAGGGAAGGGGGCCCCUCUGGGGGCCUGAGCCUCGGUCCCUGCUCCCCUCAGCUCCGCUCCUGCGCCGCCCGGCUGGCCUGCAGCCAGCUCCUCCAAAGAGGGCUGGCUCUCACCUCUCCUCUUCUCCUCCCUUCUUUCUCUCCCAAAGCCACAACAGUCUCUCAGCAGCAGCAGCAGGCGAGAAAAAGGAAGAGAAAAGCGACCAAACUUAGUUCAGGAACUUUUUUGGAGUGGGAGCGGACAGACGUCCAGGAUGAAUAAGGAGGCGCUUUCUCAGCGGGAUUGCUGGAGGACGCAGGGAAAGUGAUUUUUUCCGAAAACAGAAAGUGGGAGGCAGUUAUUAUUUUUCCUUCUUCUUCUUUUUCUUCUUCCACCGUAUGAAGGAUUUCCAUCGGUGAACAAAGCAGGCGCCUCUGAGCUGGAGCGGAACCCCGGAGCCUGGGCUUUCAUGCACUCGGAUCUCUGCGGCGGACAGUGAGGGAUGCCAGGAUGUCCCCCCUGAUCCCUCGUCUGCUUGUCAUCUGGCUGAGCGUGCACAGGCUGGUGUGGUGCGCGGAGCGCCCGUCUGCUGCGCGCGAGCGCAUCAAGGUGGUCAUCGCGCCGCUCAUCUGCAAGCGGAUCUGCCUGAAGGGCCAGUGCCACGACACGUGCGAGCAGGGCAACAACACCACGCUGAUCGCGGAGAACGGCCAGGGCGCAGACACGCUGAUCGGACAGGGCUUCAGGGUCGUUGUGUGCCCCCUGACUUGCAUGAAUGGCGGCGUCUGCAGUUCCAGGAAGCACUGCCUCUGCCCUCCCGGUUUCACCGGCCGGCUCUGCCAGUUUCCACUCCAGCGCUCCCAGCAGGCUCAGGCGGCGCGCGGCAACAAGCAGCCUGUAUACUCCGUUCCUCUGAAGUCCGAUGGCCACAAGCUGAUGGAGCACUCCGGUCUGGGGCGCACACAGCUGGCUCAAACACACUCGUUCUUUACCCUGCCCUUGUCACAGGGGGGGCACCACUCAUCUGAAGUGCAUCUACGUGUUCAUCACACACCAGACACCUCUGUGGUCAUUCACUCUGUCGACCAGACAGAAGCCAGGCCUCCUCACAAAACCGGGCCACUUCCAGUCCCGUCGAGGCACAAACCAAAGGGGCGGUGCUUCCAGGAGACCACACCCAAACAGGCAUGCAACAGCACGCCACUUCCUGUUCUGACCAACCAGGAGGACUGCUGCGGCAGCGUGGGAAACUCAUGGGGACAAAACAAGUGUUAUCAGUGCCCCAAACUACCAAAUGCAUCAGUCAAACAGACCAUUGUGGAAGAUUACGGCUCUGCGUGCCCACAAGGCUACAAACGAUACAACAGCACUCACUGUCAAGACAUCAAUGAGUGCUCCAUGCAGGGUGUCUGUCAGAACGGGGACUGUCUCAACACUCUGGGCAGUUUCAAAUGUUCCUGCAAGUCUGGGCUUGUCCUAGAGCGGAACCGAUGUGUUGAUUCUCCAGCUGAGCAGGCCCAGUGCUUCCUGAUGGCAUCCGAGUCCAAGGGUUGUGAGCAUCCUCUGCCCACGCAGAUCACCCAGGAGAUGUGCUGCUGCACGGUGGGCAAAGCCUGGGGACGCAACUGUGAGAGGUGUCCUCAAGUGGGCACAUUGGCUUUUAGUAAGAUCUGCCCCGCAGGGAAGGGGUACCUUCUCCAAAGUAUAACAGAGACUGUGGCCUUGCCUCCUUUCUUCUUACCUCCCAAACCACCAAAGGAAGAAGAACACGCAGUGCCUGCAAAUACAACCCCUGUUCAGCAGAUCUCCACCAGCACCAGCGGUCCCCGUGUUCCCGUUGUUAAACCCACUCCUCCGACAAUCAUCCGAUUGAACCCGGGCAAUGACCCCCUCGAAACAGAGAUUAAAGUCUCCCCAGAGACAGAUGAAUGUAGGCUGAGCAGAAAUAUUUGUGGUCACGGAGAGUGUGAGAACAGCCCAAAUGGCCACAUCUGUCACUGUUACCCUGGCUACCAUCUCAGCCCACAGAGGAACAUCUGUGAGGAUGAAAACGAGUGUGAGUUGGAGCCGUGCGGCCAGGGCCGAGGCCGCUGUGUCAACACAGAGGGAACGUACAAAUGCAUCUGUAGCCUGGGAUUUAAGCACAAGGUGGAGCAUGGAGGCCUUAGAUGUAAAGAUAUUGACGAGUGCCUGAAACCAGACAUCUGUGGCGUUGGAGGCCUCUGUGUGAACCUGCCAGGUACCUAUAAAUGUGAAUGUCACAGCGGAUUCAGGAGCAAGUCCCCCCGAUAUCCGUCCUGUGAAGACAUCAAUGAGUGUUUGAAUCCUGAGGCCUGUCCCAAUGAGCAGUGUGAAAACACACUGGGCUCCUAUGAGUGCACUCCCUGCAUGCCUGGUUAUGAAGCCCACGCUGGCAAAUGUUAUGACGUUAACGAGUGUCAGAACCUGGGAAUCUGUCCUAACGGCCAUUGUGAGAACCUCCCUGGCACAUACCGCUGCCUGUGUCUCGACGGCUUCCUCCACUCUGCAGAUGGUAAAAGUUGCAGCGAUAUAGACGAGUGUGCUGAUGUCCGACUCUGUGCUAACGGCCGCUGCAUCAACACGGAUGGGUCUUUUCAGUGUCAGUGCUACACAGGAUACCAGCGCACACAGGAGGGCAGCCAUUGUGAAGAUAUUGAUGAGUGUAAAAGGUCCUCGAAUUGUCUGAGGGGUCGCUGUAUCAACAACAUGGGCUCCUACCACUGUGAGUGCCAGAGGGGAUACAUGCUGGUUGGAGGGAAGGAAUGCCAAGACAUUGACGAAUGCGCCUCCGACAGAAGCCUCUGCCAGCCCCACGGCUACUGUGAGAACCGGCUGGGCUCUUAUGUGUGCGUCUGCAACCACGGAUACAUCCCUUCAGAGGACAAGCGGAGCUGCGAGGUGGUUCGAGUGGCAACAGAUGAGAAGAAGGAGUGCUACAUGAACCUAGAAGACGCUGUGUUCUGCGACAGCGUGCUCGCCACCAACGUCACCAAGCAGGAAUGCUGCUGCUCCAUCGGAAUGGGAUGGGGAGAUCAUUGUGAGAUUUAUCCCUGCCCCGUCUCCCACUCCGCUGAGUUCCACAUGCUGUGCCCAAAUGGCCAAGGCCUCUACUAUGACGAGGAGCGCCACUACAGCCUUCCUGCCUACCUUGACAUCGAUGAGUGUUCUCUGUUUGCUGAGGAAAUCUGUAAAAAGGGCCGCUGUCAUAACACGCAGCCGGGUUACGAGUGCUACUGCCAGCAAGGCUUCUACUAUGACAGCAACCUCCUCGUGUGCAUUGACGUGAACGAAUGCCACGACGAGUCUCUGUGCGCCAACGGCCGCUGCGUCAACACGGAAGGCUCCUUCUACUGCCUCUGCAACCCACCCUGGAUCCCGGACACCAACAAGAAGAAGUGUGUGAUGGCGACGGUGUCAGGCAUGAAUCAGUGCGAUGACCCAGAAAUUUGUAAGAAUGGCCUCUGCGUGAAAACGCAGAACUCGCACUACUGUAGUUGCACAUUACCCUUGAUACUGGCCAUUGACAGGAACAGCUGUGUGACUCCAGAGGAGCAGGCUGAUGUGGACGAGUGCCAGGACCCUUCCUACUGUAAGAACGGGAGGUGUGAGAACACGCCCGGCUCCUUUUAUUGUUUUUGCGACCCUCCCCUCACCUUCAGCGCUUUGCUCAAACAGUGCGUCUAUGAUGAUCGUACUGCAGCUUACAAGGACGUGUGUUUCGAGGAGGUGGACAAGGACCUCAUCUGCAGCCGGCCUCUUCAAAGUCUGGUGGUGACGUACUCCGAGUGCUGUUGCCAUUUUGGCCGCGGCUGGGGACCAGAAUGCAACACUUGCCCCCCAAGAAACUCAGAGAUGUUCAACCGUCUGUGUGAGAUGCAUCUUGACACUGAGUCUGAUGGGGAGCAGGAUUUUCUGGCAGCUUUUGUUCACUAUAAACCAGGUGACAGUUCAGAAGAGGACUCAGACGAAUGUAGCUGUGCAAACGGCCACUGUGUCCGCUCCUACCUGAGCACCAUGUGCAAAUGUAACCCAGGCUAUAGGCUGGACCACUCCCGUGCACGCUGUAUAGACAUCGAUGAGUGUGCAGAACCGGGCCUCCGGGUCAGCCCCUGCAAGAACGCCCGCUGUGUGAACACGUCGGGUUCAUAUAAAUGCUUCUGCAAUCACGGCUUUGUGCCCACGCGCAGGUCCAACAUAUGUGUCCGUCGCAGGACUCGGUAACAUCUGAACGCACAUUAUUAUGUCUGUGUGCGACAAGCGGAGCACAGACGGGCUAAACGCACCGGCGUCCCUCCCAGCACAAACGUAGGCGCUGUGUGGAGACGCUGCAAAAACUUUGAUCUCAUCUGGAGUCGUGUCGCAGUUCUGGCUCCACGAAAUGGACACAUCUUAUCAUUCGUCUCGUUAUUCAACUUAAAGUCUAACUGAAAUACACAAAUGCUCCAUUUUUGUAAUUAUUGUUGAAUUAUUUCUGUUUGGUUUAAGUUUUAAUUGUACAUUGUUGUGACUUUGUUGCUCUUUACUGCGUUGAUUUGAUUCUUUGUUUGGUUUAAAAAAAAAAAAAAGGGCCACCUUUUAAAAAUUAAAAGCUUAUUAAGGACCGAUAGGACAUAAGUAUGGUAGAAUGCUACAAAAAAGAUUUAGUUUCCCCUCUCAUUCCUUUUUGAAUCCACACCAUGUCAGAAUCUUAAAUGUAUUUUUUUUUACAUUUACCAUGUAAGCUUCAUUGUACAGUUUGUUCAGUUAAGCAUCCCUGUGUUAUCUGUUUAUUUGUUGGUGUACAUUUCUUUUGGUUAUCAUUUGACAUGUGCACCGAAGUGGACUUUCUAGAAAGGAAGAAUAAGAAACUGAUGCACUAAGCGCUGAUGGAAUAUUUGUUAAACGUAGAUUCAUCUGGAAAUUCAAGAAGGUUUACAAUCAGCUUAUUUAGAAUCCCAAAGAUGAUGUUGCAAUGAGACAAAUUUCAAUAAAAAAAUAUUUGAAAUGAAAAAAAGAAAAAA